CCCAUUGGGGCAUGGGAUACAUCGGCAGUCGCUGACAUGAGCGGCAUGUUUGCGUAUGUCUCUGCAUUCAACCAGCCCAUCGGGGCAUGGGAUACAUCUGCAGUCACUUACAUGAGCGAGAUGUUUUAUGGUGCCUCUGCCUUCAACCAGCCCAUCGGGGCAUGGGAUACAUCGGCAGUCACUCGCAUGAGCGCAAUGUUUAAGGAUGCCUCUGCCUUCAACCAGACCCUGUUGCUCUGGAAUACGUCCGUUGUUGGCAGUAUGGAUCAAAUGUUCGACGGGGCAGAGAGUUUCCAAAAGUCACCUUGCCAGGCAGGGAGCUUACCGGCCUAUAACAAGCUGGGCUGCCAGCGGUGCCAAUCCAAUCAGUUCUCCUGGAAGGGUGCUUCCCACUGCGAAUUUUGCAGUCCCGGCGAGGUGCCUACACCAGAUCAGGGGAGCUGCCAGGCCUGUCCACCGCAGCACUUUGCACCUAUCAACGCGGAUGUCUGUCAGCCGUGUGGCUUUCCUUUCAUCGCAACCGAGGGAGCGUGCGUUUGGUGGCACUUGGUGAUUUUUGCUGUGGUGAUCGCUGGAGUGGCUGUGGCCCUGAGACUCUGGGCAUCUCGCAGAUUGAGGAAGAGAGAGUUCAAGAUCACAGAGGCUAUGAACAGCUUCUAUAGUGACCUUUGGGAGGAAGAGGCCGACACGGUCAUCCGCUAUACAGCCAUGCUUGGGAGCCUGGGUGUGGACAAGCAGACCAUUGAUGGUCAAGUAUGCGAAAUGCUUGCGGUGCAAAGCCAAAGAGCUGGGGUGGGCAUGCAGUACUUGCUUUCGGACACCUUUGCGGAGCUGGCUACGGGCCGGACAAACAAGGCGGACCCAACUUUCAUAGACAUGAAAGAAGCCUUUUGGCUGUCUGAGGACCCUAUCGGGAGCAACCUACGAUGCCCGCGCGAUGGACAACCGGGAUGCGCACUUGUAGACUGGAUUCCGCGGGAAGCCCGACGGGAGCAGACUCAUUUCAUGUCAUGGACAUGGCGGUACACCCUUGGCGAGCUCACCAGUGCUCUGCGCAUGUUCCAGGCAGGCGAGGUCAUGGAGAGCGUCCAUUUCUUCAUGUGCUUCUUCAUCAACAACCAGUACAGGAUUCUGGUCGAAGAAUCCACAACAGGCAGCGCGGACCUUGAACAAGUUUUUGAAGUAAACCUGAAGCGGAUAGGCCGCAUGGUGGCCAUUCUGGAUGCCUGGCACCAGCCAGUCUACUUGUCCAGAGUUUGGACAGUAUUCGAGCAGUUCGUGGCUUCAAAGCUGGACAUUCCCGUUCAAUUUGUGAUGCCGGCAUCAUCUGCUUUAUCCCUGCAGCAAACAAUUCGACGUGGGGAUGCGGGCAUCGAGCAGAUUACGGAGUCGCUAAGUGCGGUGGAUUCACAGAAGGCGAAAGCCUGGUGCCAGGAAGAUGAAAUCAAGGUAAAAUCCUUGAUUCAGGAGUCCGUGGGCUUUGCUCACGUGAACCGGCACGUUUCCAGAGUGAUGUUGAAGUGGGUUCGUGAAAUGGUGAAGCUGCACAUGCGGGAGCUCAUUGGUCGAAGGGCAAAUAGCGUCAAUUAG